ACAUUUCCAAAUUUUGCAUUGAUAUAUUAAACAUUCGUAACAUUAUUAGUCUUAAGAAUCAAUAUUAUAGAGUCUAGAUCUAUCCCUAAAUUAUAUGGUAUCUAAUACAUCUAGCCUAAUUCAAGAUCUAGAUCUAUCUAGACUAGAUCUAGAUUUAGAUUGUAAACAUGCCGAAAGAAAGCCUUCGUGAAAAAUUAAUAAAUGAUAACGAACUUGAUUUGAGUUUAAACAAUCUUGAAACUGUUCCUGUUAAAGAUUUGGCAGCUCUCCCAAAAGCAACACACUUAGACUUAUCUAAUAACUUAUUGACAUUUCUUCCAGAUUCAUUUUGUUCAUUAAUUCACCUGGUUAAAUUAGAUCUCAGCAAAAAUGCAUUGACAGAGCUUCCAAAGCUGUUUGGUCAGCUAGAAAAUUUACAGCAUCUGGACCUAUUAGGAAAUCAACUGAAGACCUUACCAAGAGAUUUUUGCCAGCUGAAAAAAUUAAAAUGGCUUGAUCUGAAAGAUAAUCCUCUUGGAGAGGGCCUGAAGAAAAAUGCUGGGCAUUGUUUGAAUGAAAUAGAAUGCAAGAAAUGUGCAACAAGAAUAUUAAUGUACGUGACAGACCUAGAUGAGCAGUUAGAAUUACAAUCACAAGCAAAGAAGAAGAAACAAGAAGAGGCUGAAGCUAAACAAAAAAGAUAGAGAAGAAAGAGAGAAGCAGAAAAAGCGCCAAGAGAAGAAAGCUGAAAAAAAGAGCGACGGCGUAGAGAACAU